AUGGCUACUGCAUUUUCUUACGCUCAAGCCGCCAAGGGUCAGGCGGCCACAACACCCGCGGCCCAGACCACCGAGAACGGCAAGGACUCCGCGAGCUCAGUAAAUGGCGAACAACCGGCUGCCGAGCCCACCGCUGUCAAGAGCACCGACUCCGUUGACGACGAGUCCUCGAGAAAUACCCCUCUCAAGGCCCAACUGGCUGCCAAGCAGGACAUUUCCUCUGCCCAAGCAGAGGCCAACAGCACGAACACACCAUCUGCCGCCGCUUCCGUCACCGACUCGCGACGCGAUGACGAGGAGGCCGUUACCGAAGCCUCUGCCCGCCGAAGUGAGAAGAGUGUGAGGUCGGCAAGCGCAUCUACUCGCGUGACUGACGAGGCCGAGCCGAAGAAGGGCUCUAGGAAGCCGAGAAAGGGCAAGGCCGGAAAAGAGUCAAGUGAGGAUGCGAAGAAGGAGAAGGCCGCAGAGCCGGAGAAGGAGGAGCCCAAGAUUGAGCUCGUUGAGGCGCCGCUUCCUUCGGUCAACAUCUGGACCCAGCGCAAGGAGACUGCGGCUCACAAGACCUCUGUCACCUUGCCCACCGCCAAUGGUGCUACCAGUGCAUCUACCCCAGUUGACACCUGGCCCAACAGCCAGGAGUCCAAGAAGAAGAACAAGUCCGCUGACGGCGCUGAAGCCACCAACGGCACUGCUGCCGGCAAGUCUCAACGCAAGGCUGGCGAUGGUGACGCCGCCGCCAGAAGAAACGGUGCUCGCGGCUCAAGGCUUAUUGAGAGAGAUAGCCGACUGACUGAGGUCCCUCCCCCUGUUGGCGACGUUCACUCAUGGCCUACGCCUGAGACGGCGGUCAAGGAGAUUGUCAAGGAGGAGAAGCGCAAGCCUUCCGAGAAGGUUGAGCGGGUAGAGGUCGAGGCCCAGGAUGAUGCCGGCGCCAAGGGACGUUCAAAAGACAAGUGGGAGCGUAUGGACUUUGUCCCUACUGUCCAGUUCUCCACCCCCAUCCCCUCAGUUAGAGGCUCUCGGGGAGGACGAGGUGGUGCUCGUGGCGGACGCGACGUUACUUCUCGUGGCGGUCACGGUGCUGCUGCUGCUGCUGCUGCCUCUGCUGACAAGCCGGCCAGCACUGCUGCCCCUACCAAGGCUGGAAACGAAGCUCGGGACCGCGCUCGCGACGGUAACGCUCCGGCCAGAGCCAACUCUCAGCCCCCUGUUGCGAACAAGCGGGCCUCAAUGGAAGCCUCCAACGGCAAGGAGCAACGCAAGCCCACGGCGCCCCACUCUGGCGAGCGCAACAAGGAGUCGCAGUCAAAUGCCACCAAUGAGCAGGCCGGUCCUGUCAGAGAGAGAGGCGAAGGCCGCGGCGAUAGGGGCCGUGGCGGAUACCGAGGCCGCGGAGGUCACCCUGGAAACAUGCCCAUGCACACUCAGCAGUCUUCUUACAUGUCUAACGGCAACUCCUUCGGCUCCCAAGGCCCCAGACAGUACGCCAGCCCUCCCCUCCACCAGGGCGGCAGCUUCCAAUCCUCUUACGGAGGUUCCCAGUCCCGCGGUGGUCGUGGCGGCCGCGGUCAGUCAAAUGGCUCUGGAGCGUUCCGCGGUGCUGGUGGCCCUUCGAACUCUGGCCGUAUGCGUCAAGUUCAGACCAACAUGAACCAGGUCUCCUGGGAUUACGGAGUUCCCAUGACUCCGGGUUCUUAUGCCGCAUUCUACGAGCAAACGAGACAUAUCAUGAUCCCUCAGAUGGAGUACUACUUCUCCGUCGAGAACCUCCUGAAGGAUACCUACCUGCGCAAGAACAUGGACAGCCAGGGUUUCGUGCCCUUGGAGCUUGUCCUCGGCUUCCAAAGGGUUCGUUCGGUGGCCGAUGCCCAGACUCUGCGCGCAAUUAUUGCCGAGUGCCCCCAGCUGGAUUACGUUGUCGGCGACGAUGGCAUUGAGAGACUGAGAUCUCGUACCCACUGGCAAAAGUUCGUCUACCCUAACAUGGAGCUGCGCUUCGAUGCUGCCCGCAACGAGGGACCUCAGUACUUCUACCCCCGUUCCCUUCACGCCAUCGCUCACUACGACCACGGCAUGCUCGGCGACUACCCUGUUAUCUCGCCGACUGCUGCCUACCCCAAUGGUGCCGAGAAUACCUACGUCGCCUACCCCACCGAGGCUCAGGGUGGACAGCCGAACGGCACUGUGAACGGCAAUGCUGCCGAGACACAGCUGUCUGCUCAAGUCCCCGAAUUCCAGCCCGGUCCCGCAUCCGAGCAAACGGCCGAGGCCUCGGCGGAGACGGAGAAGGCCCAGCCCCUCGUCAAUGGCUCUGCCCACACAGAGAGCGCACCCUUGACGAACGGAAACCACGCUCAGCCUGCUGAAGCCCUCCAGUCCUACAGCAACUUGUCGAGUCCUUCGCAACGCGCACACUUGCUGAUGCGCUUUCGAGGGGAGAACUCGGUUGCAGAGUCUCCCAUCGACGACAUCCCGUUCCCUGAGUUCCGUCUGCGCGCGCUCUCCCAACGGCAAGAUACUUUAGCCGGGGAAAUUCCCGGCGACAUGAAAUCCCUUUAUCGGUUCUGGUCUCAUUUCUUGGUCCGGCAUUUUGAUUUGGAGAUGUUUGAGGAGUUUCGGGCAUAUGCAGUGGCGGACGCCACUGGGGGAACCAUCAACACAACUGGCCUCAAGCACUUGAUUGCAUACUAUGAAGCGGUCUUACAAGAGGACAAAAAAUACCCUCUGGACAAUCUGGAGUCGCUCUAUGGAGAAGCGAAAAGGCUAGCUGCGACAGCCGAGACCCCUUGA